AUGGAAGAUAGAACUGAAGUGAGGCAAACGAAGGCUACUUGUUUUGUUGCACAUCAAAAGUAUGGAAGCAAAAGGAAAAUUAUUGGUCCUCAUAGUGGAUAUAGUAGAUAUGACUUUCUUAGAUAUUAUUUGAACUACAAGAAGAGUGGAAGACCUGAACGUGUGAUGUUCUACAAGAAUGGCGAAUGGUUGGACUAUCCUAAAUAUGUUGUUAACUUUGUUAAGAAUGAUUUUGAAAUAAAAAAGCCAAUUCUGGAAAUAGGGUUAAAUGACCAUCUUAUUCUAGAUUUCUUACACAUGUAUCAAGUGGACUUGGAUACUGGUUUGCAACAACCCAUAGCAUGGAUUGAUGAGGCAGGGUGCUGCUUUUUCCCCGAAGUCUAUAUUGCUUCAGAUAAAGAAUCUUAUAAUUUACGCAAACAAGAGGCUAUGAAACUUGUUGAAAUUAAAGUGAAUGGAAUUGAUGAAUCCAAGUUGAGGGAAUGUUUUGAAGAGUCCAAUGCAUUAUUAAAGGAUACUCAAGUGAAAAUUGGAAAUAGGAUAAACAGAUUGCCCAGUGAAAAUGGUUGUGGGGCCAUUCCACAAAAUCAAGUAGGUUUAGUUCUAUGCACUGAAUUUGUACAAGGAAAAUUAGAUUUGAACCUUGUACAUGAGAUGUUCCUUAAUGGAAUGACUAGUGUUGGAAGUGCUGAUUUUGAGAUGGUGGAGACAUUUCACUGCUCAAGUGCAUCAAUGCAAGCACGAUUGGAGUUAUUUCAAAUGCAAGCUAAAAUUACAAAAGAAUUCCAUGGGGAUGCUAAUAUUCGAUAUGCUUGGCUUCCUAUUUCUAAAGGAGAAUUAUCUACAAUGAUGGAGUAUGGACUUGGUCACUGUGCAUUAUGUGCAGCCAAAGGUACAUACAAUGUUGGUGUCCAUCUUUCAGUUGUUACAUGCCCUUAUGCAAGUGCUCGUUAUUGUGAUAUUGACGAAAAUAGUGUUCGACACUUGGUUCUUUGUCGUGUAAUAAUGGGAAACAUGGAAGUUCUUAAUAAUAGCAUUGGCAACAGAACAUGUCAGGUUCAACCCAGCAACUCUGAAUAUGAUAAUGGGGUGGAUGAUAUCCAUUGUCCAAGAGACUAUGUAGUAUGGAAUAUCAAUUUAAACACUCACAUCUAUCUAGAAUUUGUUGUUAGUUUCAAGGUCUCUAAGGAUGCUGAAGACAAUUUUUGUGGAACUGUGGGAGAGAAUAAUGAUUCUAGUGCUAAUCAUUCUGGGGCCAAUUAUACUACUCAUGGUUCUAGUGAUAUGUUACAUUCAGACUCUUCAAUGAAUAAUGAAAUAACUACAAAUGGGUUUGCAAGCACACCAAAAAUUCCAAAUUCUCCUUGGUUGCCAUUUCGCAUGCUUAUUGACGCUAUCAGUGACAAGGUUUCUCCUGGGGAUAUAAGUCUUAUCUUAACACAUUAUGAACUACUCAAGGCAAAACAGAUUUCCCGUGAUGAUUUUGUGAAAGAGCUAAGGUUGAUAGUUGGAGAUAUUCUAUUGAGAACUACAAUAAUAAGCCUUCAAUUCAAGAUACCAUCAAAUGAUAAAUUGGAAAGCUCAAACUAG